GGGAUUAUUCCAUCUUAGUGUGAAAAAAGAUAGAAAGUGUCAAUGAGCCCAAGAACCAAACUACUAUAAGAACCAUCCCUCUCCUCAUUUUUUCCACUUAUCUCAAAACAAAACUCCCUAUCACCCCAUGGAACAACAUCAAUCUCCUACUACUUUCAACAACAACAAGCAAACAUCUUCUUCAUCUCUCACAAAAAGACCAAUAACCUUAACAUCAUCAAAACAAGAAACCAAUCACAAAAAAAACAAGAAAAUUGAUGGCUCAAAACACCCUUUAUACCACGGUGUUCGAAGACGUAGCUGGGGAAAAUGGGUGUCUGAAAUUCGUGAACCGAGGAAAAAAUCAAGAAUUUGGCUAGGUACUUUUGCUACACCUGAAAUGGCUGCCAGGGCACAUGAUGUUGCUGCAAUUGCCAUUAAAGGUCACGUAGCCUUACUCAAUUUCCCUGAAUUAGCACAGCAAUUCCCUAAACCAGCUUCGAAGUGUGCUAAAGAUGUUCAAACUGCAGCCGCGAAGGCUGCAGCUUUGGAUAUUUCUCCAAGAAAUAGUAUGGAAGUGCCCUGUUCUCCUUACGGAGAAACAGAGUCAACAGAAUCAUCUCUAGGAAGUAGCAAUGAUGAUCCUUUUCUUGAUUUGCCUGAUCUUCUUAUGGAUCUUACUCAAAAAUUUGAUGAAGUUUGUCACUAUAAUUCAUCAUGGGAUUUGGCUGGAGCUGGAUCUGGAAGCAAUGAUUCCUGUGAAUUUUGGCCUGAAGAAGAUCUCUACUUGUUGGAUUACAGCCAUGAAACAGCACUCGAAGUUCCACAGCUGCAAUAAUAUAAUUUUCCGACAAAAGGAAUUCAACUGAAUUGAUGCACGAACAUAUAUUAAAGGUCUCUAUUUGUGAGAUUACAGUGAUGAAUUAUUCAAGUCUCGUCACAGACCUAUGAAAGAUUAAAAAAAAUGGUUUACAGUCAACCAAAGAUAUUGGAUACAAGGCGUAGAGGGAAAAAUCGACUGUGUGCUUGUUGUUAAGCUUAUCAAUAAGGAUCACUUCCUGAAGGCUAUUAUUGAAGAUUGCAAAUAUUUAUUGAAAGUUAACAAGGUCAGAAUUACACAUACAUUGAAGGAGGCAUACUAUUUAGCAAACGAAAGACACAAGCAUCAUAAAGAAGAUUUGCAAAUCUACGAUCGUGAUAGAUUUAAGUCAUGUAGCGUAUGGACAAUUUUAAUUUUUUCUAGUCUUUUCUGAUGUACCAAAAUAAAAUAAAGUAGGGAAUUGACAGUAAUCUUUGUAUUUUGGCUCAUUAUAAACAACUGAUGAAUAAAUUGUUUAAUUGAUUUUACUUUUA